CACUUUCUUUCGACAUGAAGAUAUUGUAACACAAACACACACAGACACACACACAAAAUAGUUACAACAAACUUUUUUAUACGAAACUCAAGAAAACACAAACUUUGCUGGCAGGAACGGUUUAAGAAACAAGGUGAUAAAAACGUGGAUAUAACAAAAGAAAAUAUCUGUACCCGUGGGUACACGAUAAAACCCAUUAAUUGAAAAAAAUAUCCAAGCUGCAAAAAUAUAUAAGUAUAAAAUUGAAUAUGUAUGUUUGUAUGCACACUCGCUUGGCACAUAUAUACUAAAGGCAGCAACAGCUGGUUUUAAUAUUGUAAACAUCAACUCUAGAAUCCCUCUCCCACCCCGCCACACCUUGUCUUUCCUUGCGUUCGUUCGCCUGAUAUCAACAAGUAAAAUUCAUUACUAAUAACUAUAUACAUAUAUACAUGUAUAUGUGAGUGUGUGUGUGUGUGUGUGUUUACAUAUGCAUUGGUAUUUAUGUGAAUUUGAUUAUCGGUUACUUGGAGCAUGCUGUCGUAGUCAGCGUCUGCGUCAACGUCGUCACAUUGAGUAAGGGUAAGGUCUGUGACAGUCUCACGUUUGGCGAUAAGAGGCCGACGCAAUGUCCACGACAAUCGCAGCCCCAACAACAGCAACAACAUCGGCAGCGGGAGCGGGAGAAACAGUUGCUGGAGGUGAGAAGAAUCUAUUGUUUGGUCUCAAUAAGCUGCGCUCCCAAGGCAAGCUGACAGAUGUGACGCUGAUUGUGGAAGAUCAUCGUUUCAAGGCCCAUCGUGUUGUCCUGGCUGCAAGUAGCGACUAUUUUUGCGCCAUGUUUGCCGAUUGUGCCAUGAUUGAGUCGCGCAAGGAGGAGAUCACAUUAUAUGGCGUCACAGCGCGGGCAAUGGGACGGAUUAUACUUUAUAUAUACACAUCGCUGCUCGACUUGAAUGUGGACAAUGUGGAGGAGACGCUCGCAGCGGCCACUCAUGUCCAGGUCAAGGAGGUCAUCGAGCGCUGUACCGUCUUUCUGGAGCAAAAGAUUAGCAUGGACAACUGUCUGGCCAUAGCGAGCAUGGCUGAGAUUUAUGGUCAACUGGCGUUGGCCGAACGCGCCUAUCGUUAUAUCUGUGCGCACUUUAAGGAGUUUGCGGACAGCGGAGAUUUCAAGGAUGUGAAGCUGGAGCAGCUGCACUUUAUACUGUCCAGCAAUUAUCCGAUUGAUGUCAGUGAACUGGAGCUGGUGCGUCUGCUCUGCAGCUAUGGACUCGACCAGCAGCUGGACGAGAGCGCAUUGCGGGAGCUCUUGCGUCUGAUUAAAUGGCAAUAUAUUGGAUACGAUGAGCUCAAGUCACUGCGGCAACUACUCAACUACUCGCUGGUCGAGGAGUAUCUGGCCAAGUUGCAGGACAGCGGCCACGGCCAGGAGUCCAACUCUGAGACGCUCGAGCUGUGCCUGCAGCGACAGGGACAGGUACAGAUACAGGGACAGGAACUGGAACAGGGACCCACAAAUAUGCGCGGCAUGGAACUGAGUCUGCUCAAAAUUGGCGGCUUCGAGUGGAAGGGUCUAACCAAUGAGAUUAUGUGCUUCUCGCCAACUAAAAUGAAGUGGUAUGAAUUGACUUCCAUACCGCACAUUGAUCAGUGCAAUUUUGGCACCGCCGUUCUCAAUAACGAACUCUUCAUUGUGGGCGGCGCAUACGAUGUCUGCCUCAAGGAGUAUAUCCAUCCAUUUGGCUUUCGAUACUGCCCGCUGCGCGACUCCUGGGUAACCAUUGCACCUAUUCAGUUGGAUCGCUGUCGCUUCUCUCUCAAUGCUGUGGGCAAACAGCAUCUAUAUGCCGUCGGCGGCAUUGUCGAGCACGACGAUAACUCCGAGGAGGCACUGCGUCGCAUGUCCAAUGUGGAGCGUUACGAUAUUGUCAGCAACACAUGGACCUAUAUGCCCAGCCUGCAGGAGAAUCGAAGUCAGCAUGCUGGCGUCGUUGUUGGCGACAAGCUCUACAUAUCAGGUGGCAUCCAUUUGGCCAACAUAUUGUCCAGCAUGUGGUGCUUCGAUACCAAGAGCGAACGUUGGCUGGAACUGGCGCCGAUGCCAACGCCAUGCUGUGACCAUGUUUUGGUUGCCAUCGACAAUCGAAUCUAUGCCUGCGGCGGCUGGCAUGAAACGCUUAGAGAAUCCCGUGUCCUGGUGGAGCACAUCUUUGCGUAUGACAUCAAGAGCAAUACGUGGAGCGUCGAAACGAAAAUACCAGCACCAAAAUUCUAUUCAGGCGUCACGUCAAUGCGUCGUACUAUCUUUUUUGUGGGUGGACUGGAUUCCACCGAGUCCAUUGAUCGUGCCAGUUCGGAAACAAUGGCCUAUGAUCUGGACACUGGCGAUUGGUGGCAUCGAAAGGACUCGUGGGAUACGCCCAACGAUGUCUGGGAAUCCACAUGUGCCGCCAUCUAUGUGCCCAGCUUUGACUCAUAGACGACCAUACCACACAAUGGGCUUCCAUCUCAUCCAAAACGAAUUUAAACAACAUUUUGAUAUGAUCAAAUAUUAAUCAUAGAAUGAGAGAAAAACACACGUCCCUCCCAUCCAAUGCUUGUGAUUAACCUUAAUGUGCUGUCCCAUGUUAUUACUGUACAGUGAAUAAAUGUGCCAAGCAGGGCCGACAAGAACUUUGUUAAUAGCAGGUCAACGUUCGAAUAUGUAACUACUUGUAGAAAGAAAACAACGAUUUAAAUAAAUAUUUUGUUAGCAAACGAUUU